AUGGAUAAUAUUUGGAAAUCAUAUUCGGAUGCGGAACGUCAAGUGAAUUUCCUCAAAACACAAGUGGGUGAUAUCGAUGAAAGUCUCAGGCAGCGUUGGGAUGAUCUGAGUGCCGAAUUAUCACGUAACGAGUUGAACGAAUUGAAAGAACGUCGUGCAGCAUUUGGUCAGAAGGUGGCACAGCAUGACUCAACGAAGAAAUCUUUAGAUGGCAAAAAAGCGGAACUGGAAUGUUGCGAAAAAGAUUUGCUGGAGCUGAACGAGCAAAAACCACUGGCCGAACAGCAACUACAAGUAAGUUUUUCGGACGAUAGUUGA